UUUGUCUCUCUUGCUUCUCUCUCAGUCUCGCCCCCGCAGAGACUCGGAGAAACUAGAGAUGUCUCCGUCAGGGCAUUUCACAGCCCUUCUUUUCCCCAGCGUAUGACGAACUAAACAAAGAUUCCAACUUGCCGUCGCUUCGCAAACAUGGCUCAUCAUCAGCAUCAACUAGACAACCCCAGGUUCCAUUUGGAUGCCUUGUACUGUUCUGAAGAGCACUGGGAGGAACAAACUGGCCCCGAGUAUUUCCAACAGGAAUUAGAACAAGUAGACGAGUGUUAUCUUGGCUGUGAUACUCAAACCAAGUUACCUCCGGUGUUGCUCGAACAGGACCUCUUUUGGGAUGAUGAGGAGCUAACGUCUCUGCUGGCCAAAGAGCGUGAAAACCAACUCUAUACGUUACUGGAAACCAACCCUCUUCUCUCCGACGCUCGCAGAGAAUGCGUAGAGUGGAUUCUGAAAGUGAAUGCCCACUACUCUUUCUCUGUCCUCACCGCUGUUCUCGCCGUAAACUACCUCGACAGGUUCCUGUCCCACUUCCAGGUUCAGGAUGGAAAGCCUUGGAUGACCCAUCUUGCUGCCGUCGCUUGUCUUUCCCUCGCCGCCAAGGUGGAGGAGAUCCAUGUCCCUCUUUUACUCGACCUUCAGGUGGAGGACAGCAGAUACCUGUUCGAAGCCAAAACCAUAAAAAGGAUGGAGAUUUUGGUGCUUUCCACUCUUGAGUGGAAGAUGAAUCCGGUGACACCACUAUCGUUUCUUGAUUACAUCACUCGGAGACUGGGCCUAAGGGAUUAUCUCUGCUGGGAGUUCCUCAGGAGGUGCCAAGGCAUUAUUCUGUCAGUCAUUACAGAUAUGAGGUUUAUGCGUUAUCUUCCUUCUGUGGUGGCGACUGCGACUAUGAUGCACGUAGUGAAUGGCGUGGAAGCCGGCCUGGGAAUGGAGUACAGAAACCAGCUGCUGGGUAUUCUCGGAAUCGACAAGGACAAGGUGGAGGAGUGCCACGAGCUCAUAAUGGAAUUCACGACAGAAUUCCAGGUGAAGCAAUCCAACAAGCGUGCGUUUGGUUCCCUUCCCGGAAGUCCAAACGGCGUGAUGGAUGCGUCGUUCAGCUGCGACAGCUCCAACGAUUCGUGGGCCGUAGCUGCGUCUGUUUCGUCGUCGCCGGAGCCUCUCUCCAAGAAGGCCAGGACUCAAGAUCAGCUUCUUCUAAACCAUCCUAAUUCAGAAUUCCUCAGUAUUCCCCCCGCUCCCCGCAUCUAAUCUUAAGGAUGGUCUCUGUAUGUUCAAUAAUACUAAUCUAUCCCCAUUGUUUUUUUUCCCUCUUCCCCGCUUAUUUUUGUAUGCCAAGUUAAAUUGCCAACCGUCUCUGCGUAAAAGUACUUGCCCGGCUCCAAUCCGCAAGUCGCAAGUCAUUAAAUAGACGUUCCAUGAAAUCUGAGAUUGUUGUAAAUGACUGGAAGCGGUCGAGCAGAGAUCGUUGGCAUUUUAUCCGGAAGUAAUUAAAGAAGAUGAUCAUAGUAAUGAAGUAAUUCAUGAGUAUUUCUUUCUUA